UUGACGGCUGCUGCUGCUGCUGCUGCUGCUGCUGCUCCUCCUUGUGGAAGAGGAGCCCGAGGUGGUUUUUUUGCAAGGUUCUUAGCCGGGGGUUUAUUCUUGUCAUUUGCAGAAGGAAGCUUUCCCGUCUCUAUGCUGGCUGCCUUGGGAUUGACGCCGCCAUUAUGAUGCCUGUCUUCAAAAGCAGCCGCCGCGACUUUGCCUUCGGGCCGUGGAAACUAACGGCCGCUCGGACCCACAUCAUCAAGUCAGCCGAUGCCGAGAGGUUAGCUGAAGAACUGCACUUGCCAUGUGUUCCGGAAAUGAUGUUUGGUGACAAUAUCCUAAGAAUUCAGCAUGAAUUGCUCUUUGGCAUAGAGUUCAAUGCAACCGAUGCUUUAAAAUGUGUAAAUAACUCCCGAGGAAUGGUUAAAGUUGCUUGUGCAGAAGAGUGGCAAGAAAGCAGGUCUGAGCCCGAACACACAAAGGAAGUUGUUAAACCAUAUGAUUGGACUUACACAACAGACUAUAAAGGAACUCUCCUCGGUGAAACACUAAAGCUAAAAGUUUCUUCCACAACAGACCAUAUAGAUACAGAGAAAUUAAAAGCCAGGGAACAGAUAAUGUUUUUUGAAGAAGUGCUCUUGUUUGAAGAUGAACUUCAUGAUCAUGGGGUUUCAAGUCUAAGUGUCAAAAUUAGAGUAAUGCCUUCCAGCUUUUUUGUGCUGUUGAGAUUUUUCUUGCGAGUUGAUGGAGUUCUUAUUAGGAUGAAUGAUACAAGACUUUAUCAUGAGGCCAAUAAAUCAUACAUGUUGCGGGAAUAUACCUCUAGAGAAAGCAAAAUAUCAAAUCUAAAGCACAUUCCCCCAACAUUGUUCACGGAUCCUAAUGAGAUUGCCCAGUAUUUGCCUGUCAAAGAAAAUAUUUGUGAGAAGCUGGAAUUUCCUGAGAACUCAUGCCAUGAAUCUGCAGCUGCACCUGAAGGCACUUAAUGAGAUCGGCAUAAUCUGAUGAACUUGAUAUAGACCCUGUUCUUAUCUUCUUGGCCAUUAGCACUGAAGAUGCUGGAUAAAGAUCUGUCUGGAGGCCUGGCUAAAUGUUCUCUAGCCUUGGGUGGGUGAAGCUAACUUGGAAGUUUUUCCUGUACUUUCAUUGUGUCUGUUUUGAAUAUGCUCUGAUCUAAUAGAAAACUGCCAUUACUGAUAUUGGAGAGUAAGUCCCCAAAUAAGGAUCAGUUAUAUUAAAGUAUGCAACAUUUCAAGAAAGACUGCACAGAUGUUCAAAAAUCAAAACAAAAUAAGAGUCCUUUACAAGCGCAGUAACUUUUAUAGAUGUUUUAACAUAGUCUUUUGUUAUAAAAGGACUUGUGUUUCAUAUAGUGUGAAAGAGAAUAAUUAUGUUUCUUCUCUAGGUUAAAUUUGAUUACUUUGUUGAGGAUCAUUGAUGCUUGAUCAGUUCAUGAAAUUUAAUGUAUAUUGAAUGGUAUUGUUAAUCCUCAUUUACUUGCUGCCUGUCUUAUCAGAUACAAGCUUUGUUACCUUCUAAACAAAGCUAAAUCUUUCAUAAAUUGUAAUCAAACAAGCUACAUUAGUACAGAUAACAGGAUCCAUUUUUGCCCACUUCCUACCAUUCUGUCAUAAAUUAGAUGUUAAUAUGGUAUCACAGAUGGAAAUUGUUAAUGCUCCUUGUCGACCUGAAGUUACUUCCUUUUAAAAAUAUUGCAAGUUUAUAUUGAUUAGAUUGUUAACAAAAAUUAAAUUCUUAUAAUAUUUGUAAUAGAAUAUAAAGUAUUAAUAUUGGGCUAUUGCAACUAGGACAGACAUGGAUACUUUAAGCUACCAGUAUUUUUGAUAAAAAUGAUUGCACAUAUAUUUAUAAAAUAGUUACCAAACUGCACCAUUCAUAUAUUUCUUAAAGAAGAUGAACUGAACUGUUGUAGAGAAGUUGUUUCAUCCGUUUAUUUCUAAAAUUCAUGUUCAGUUCUCACAAUAGUCCCUGCUAUUUUUUGGCAACAGGCAAAAUAAUAUUUGAGAUUUUGGUGAUAACAGAAUAAUACAUUUUAGGUUUGUUUUUAUAUAUUAUAGACUCAUAAAAAUCUCAGUCUGGUACAUUACAAAUAUAUACAUUUCUCUGAUAUGGUUUUUCUUAUCUAUUGCCUCAAGGGAGAAGAAUUUGAAAAUCAAUGAUUGCUUGUUUGUCCUUUUUUAUUCUGUGUUUCAAAUUUCUAAAAAAAUUUCUUGAAAAAGCCAAAUAGCUAACACUUUUCAGAAUUACUAAGAUAAGACGGUCUAAUUCAGUGUCCACAAAUUGCAUUGGACAUUAUGCAGUGUGUUAAGAGUAAAGAUGUAUAGGAUAGGUUCUGGGUUUUUAAACCAUAAAGCCUUAACUGAAACAGCAUUGUGUUUACUACUUUAACAUACAUGCAUAGGUAAGAAUUCAGUCAGGCGGGGAUUUGGUUUGCUUUGAAAAAUGAUUAUGUUUUUCCAAUACAUAUGUUGACUCCAAAAUUUUUAAGAAAAGUACAUUAAUCCUAUAUCUUGAGACAGCUUCAAUUGUUUAUACUGCAUAGCUAGUCAUGAUUGCUGGUCGUAUAACAAAAUAGAACUGAUAAUUAGACUACAAAAGUUAUUGGGAUAAAAUAGGAGAAGAAAUAAGAAGCAAAAAGUUUUGAAAAGCAAGGCCAAACAACACAUUUAUAUUGUAGACAAAUAUAAAAUUAGUUACAUUGUAAUAUUUCUUUCAAGAAGCUAAAUUUAUUCUAUUCGUCAUAUAACAAAUAUACAAUAUUGCAUAUAACUAUCAAAUUCAGACCAGAGAGGGAGAGAAAACUGGAUCCUUAUUCCUGUAUCAUGCAUGUUCUACUUGACAUUUAACAGUAGUGAAAUCUCCUGUGUGGGAUUUGUGUUUGUAAACAUUUCUUUGUGAAAUUAAGCAAAUUCAUACCUUCAAAAGGUACAAUAUACCAUCAAUAUUUACAACUUUGAAGUUAAUGGAAGCUAUAUUGUACACCCCUUCAUUUCAAUAACACUUGUGCAGAACUAUUUACUAAAAUUGUACUCGUCAGCAUGUAAAAGGCUUAUAUUGUUUAGUCAGAAACAUGUAAUGGUUUGUGUUCAGUCACAAAAUAAAAAAGUUGCAUUUAGCAUCUCA